AUGCCAGUCGACACGACCUACUACGACCUUCUAGGCGUCUCCCCAUCCGCAACCCCAAGCGAGCUCAAAAGCGCUUACAAGAAGCUCUCCCUCACCCAUCAUCCCGACAAGAAUCCCGAUGAUCCCAUCGGCGCAUCUGCUCGAUUUCAAGAAAUUUCUCAAGCUUACGAGACGUUGAGCGAUGAGGGUAGCAGGGAGAUGUAUGAUCGCUUUGGAUUGGAUGGACUGGCAGGAGGGAGCAGCGGUGCCGGUGCGCAGGGGUAUGGCAUGGACGGUAUGGACAUGGAUGACAUCUUUGCGUCCAUGUUUGGUGGCGGUAUGGGCAUGGGCAUGGGCAGCGGCGGUGGUGGCCCCCCACCGCAUCGUCGACCUCAAAAGGGAGAGUCGAGCAGCAUCCCGUAUUCCGUCACGCUAGAAGAUCUGUACAGGGGCAGGGUAGCGCAUUUCAACCUUCAGCGCAACAUUCUCUGUGCGGCGUGCAGCGCAAGCGGAGCUCGUCCAGGCGCGCAACGAAGCACGUGCGCAAAAUGUUCGGGCAAGGGCAAAGUGCAGAAGUUGAGGAGCGUGGGUGGAGGAAUGGUGGCGCAGAGCUGGGGAGAGUGCGAUGCCUGCAGUGGUGAGGGUAGAAAGACGAGGGAAAAGGACAGGUGUAGAAAGUGCAAGGGGGAGAAGGUGGUCAAGGAGAAGAAAAAGUUGGAUCUGAUCAUCGAAAGGGGAAUGCAUCAUGGACAGCGAAUCGUGUUCAAAGGCGAGAAUGACCAGAUUCCUGGCGUACCAGAAGCGGGCGAUCUGAUCUUCACGCUCCAACUGCAGCCUCACACCUCGUUCGAGAUUCGCGGUCUAGACCUGCACACAAAGUGUCACAUCACCCUCUCCGAAUCGCUGUUAGGCUUCGAGCGCACCAUCUUGACGCAUCUAGACGGUCGACAUUUGAAAUGGAAGAGCAAGAGCGGGAAGAUUGUCAGACCGGGCGAAACGCAGAGGGUGGUGGGAGAAGGUAUGAUGAGAGAGGGAGAUAGAGGAGAGAGGGGAGAUUUGUACAUUACUUGGGAGGUGGACUUUCCGCCAGACGAUUUCUUGUCCGAUAUAGACGGCUUGGUGCGUUGGCCAUCCUGCGCCGAUUCCCCACUUUUUCAAGCUCGCGCUUUGUUCCAGGCAGGCUCAUCUUUGUACCGUUGCCUCUUUGCAGAAAUUGGCUCACCUAUUGCCUGCUAA